UUGUAGCACAGUAGCCGAAAGGAAGGGAAGCAUCCAAGCCAAAAUUCUCCCGAGGAAGAAAGGAACCCAAGGGCAAAAAAAAGGCUGCACACUGGAAGACGAAGGCAAACCCUAGUCGCUACUCCACCACAGCGCCCACCUCCCCGAUCGGGCUCCGAUUCCGAUGGACUUCGCGGAGCUGGAGGCCGUAGAGGGCCUCCGGUGGCCGUGGCACUCGUGGCCGCCGACUGCCCCCGCGGCCGCGUCCCUCGUCGUGCCCACCGCCGUGCUCUGCUCGCCGCUGCAGCACCCCACGGCGCCCGACCUCCUCCCGCUGCUCCCCUACGCGCCGCUCCGCUGCGCCACCGCGGGGUGCGGCGCCGCGCUCAACCCUUUCUCGCGCGUGCACCACGGCUCCGCGCGCUGGUCCUGCCCCUUCUGCGGCGCCGCCGCCAACCCGUUCCCGCGCCUCCUGGCCCCCGACGCGCUCCCCGCCGAGCUCUUCCCCACCCACUCCAGCGUCGAGUACGCGCUGCCCCCGGACCCCGCCGAGGCUGGGGGGCCGGGGCCACCUGCGCUAGUGUUCGUGAUCGAUGCGGCCACCGCGGCCGAGGAGCUGGCCGUGCUGAAGGACGAGGUGCGCAGGGUCGUGCAGGGGCUGCCCGAGGGGAUCAGGGUGGCGCUCGUCACUUUCGCUGCGUCCGUGUGGGUGCACGAUCUUGGAUUUGAGGGUUGCGCUCGGGUGGUUGUGCUCAAUGGCGAGCGUGAGCUCGAGUCUGACAAGAUACAAGAACUACUUGGUGUUCACCGUUCACCGUACAAGAAGUUGGCUAUGCCAAGGUCCACUGAAGCGCAGCGGUUUUUGCUGCCUGUUUCUGAAUGUGAAUUUAACAUCACAUCUGCAAUAGAGGACCUGGGCUCCAUGUCUGCAUGUCCACGUGGGCAUCGCCCUUUAAGAGCAACUGGCGCAGCGAUUUCCACCGCUAUUGCUCUUCUAGAGGGUUGCUGCUCACCUAGUACCGGUGGUCGGAUUAUGGUCUUUACAUCUGGUCCUGCAACAGUUGGUCCAGGGUGUGUGGUGGAAACUGAUCUUGGGAAAGCAAUUCGUUCUCAUCGUGACAUAUUCAAUAGCAAUGCACCACUGACUGACAAAGCACGUGAUUUCUAUAAGAAAGUAGCGAAGAGGUUGGCAGACCAUGCAUUAGUUCUUGAUCUAUUCGCCUGCUCUCUUGAUCAGGUUGGGGCUGCAGAGCUGAGGAAUCCAAUUGAAGUGUCAGGGGGUUUAAUGGUGCAUACAGAGUCAUUUGAGUCUGAGCAGUUCAAAAGCUGUUUUAGGCAUAUGUUCAAGCGUGAAGGCACCAAUUACCUUAAUAUGAACUUUAAUGCGACGAUUGAAAUAGUGACAUCAAAGGAGGUGAAGAUUUGUGGUGCCCUUGGUCCCUGCAUUUCCCUCCGUAGGAAAAAUAGCUCAGUUAGUGAUAAGGAAAUUGGUGAAGGUGGGACAAAUUAUUGGAAAACUAGUUCACUGAGCAGCAAGACCAGCAUUGCCUUCUUUUUCCGAGUUGAUUGCAGUCAUAAAGCUGAGCCCCCGACUGUCUUCUUUAUUCAGUUCAUGACAAGAUACCGACAUGGUGAUGGUAGUUAUCGCCUAAGGGUAACAACCGUUGCAAGAAGGUGGGCUGCUCCUCGAUCUCCUGAAAUUGCUGCAGGGUUUGAUCAGGAAGCUGCUGCAACUGUUAUGGCCAGGCUUGCUGUUUACAGGGCAGAGACAUACCACGUUAGAGAUGUUAUACGAUGGCUUGACAAGAUGCUUAUCCGCUUUACUGCUAAGUUUGGAAACUAUGUUCCUGAAGAUCCAUCUACGUUUCGGCUGUCAACAAACUUCUCCUUGUAUCCGCAGUUCAUGUACUACUUGCGGAGAUCACAGUUCAUUGAUGUUUUCAACAGUUCUCCCGAUGAAACUGCUUUCUUCAGGUUGAUGCUGAAUAGGGAGGGAGUUGUGGGGUCUCUAAUCAUGAUACAGCCUACUCUAUUCCAGUACUCAUUCGAUGGACCACCUAUUCCUGUGCUGUUAGAUGUCAGCUCCAUCUCUCCUGAUGUCAUUUUACUAUUUGAUUCAUACUUUUAUAUCGUGAUUCACUAUGGCUCAAAGAUUGCUCAAUGGAGGAAGCUUGGCUAUCAUAAGGACCCAAACCACGAAAAUUUGCGGAAGCUCCUUGAAGCACCAGAAGUAGAUGCAGAGGCACUACUGGUAGACCGUUUCCCUGUACCAAAACUCAUAAAGUGUGACCAGCAUGGUAGCCAGGCCAGGUUCUUGCUUGCUCGGUUGAAUCCAUCUGUGACACAGAAAACACAGCUUUCAGAGGGAUCUGAAGUCAUUUUCACUGACGAUGUUAGUUUGCAAGUGUUUAUUGAACACUUGCAGGAGUUGGCUGUUCAGAGCUAGAAAGUCAUGUAGCCUGACUAUGUCAGUUGCUAUUCCACUUUGGUCCAUUUAAGGUCCUUAAGAUAUAGCUUUAAGAGGGACCAGACUUCAUAUUCACAGAUGAAGUUUACUUGCAAGUUUUUAUUGAACACUUGCAGUAAUUGGUUGCGCAGGAUUAACGUGUUCAUGUGGAUUAUUUAUAUGCAAUUUUCUGCUCACUUGCAAAUACUGGGGAGCUCUACAGCCUGGAGGAGUGAGAUCUCCCUGAUUUGUACAUUGCUCAAGCUCCAGUUUGAUGUAAGCCAAUUACAUUUUACUAGUUUUGUAUAGCAUGUGGUUUUAUCCGCUGGGAAUGCUGGAUUUUCUCCAGAAAUGAUUGUUGUGCAUUCCUUCCAGUUCUUGCUGUGAUAUCCAAUGGCACCAUUGUUCUGUUUUAUGGGGGGUAGUUGCUGUUUUGUAGACUCAUUAGUUGGUAUUUAAGCACCAACACAAAGAGAUAAUAUAGCCUUCCUCUGGUUCUCACCA